UUACAAUGGUUGAUAAUAAACUUCUGCCAAAAUUAUCACAAAAUUUACUUGAAAUUUUAAACGAUGAAGAAUAUUAUGAUAUCACAAUUGAAGUUGGUAGUGACCCUUACGUAAAAGUAUUUCGGGCUCAUAUGGCUAUUUUAAAUUAUCGUUCCCCUUAUUUACGAAGAGUUUUAUCAACAAAUAAAAAGAAAAAUGAUGGAACGUUGGCACACAUUAAAUUACCAAAUAUUUUACCUG